CGAUGGCCUGCCUGUCUGCCACAGACUCGCAUCUGCCGCAGCGAACGUCGGCAACAUGUCCUCGAUAUGGGACCGUCUGGCCGUGCUGGCUGUGAUUGUGCUGAUCACCUUCGUCCCGUUCACGAUCGAGUACUUUGUCUUUUGGCCAUGGCUGUCAUUCAGCUCCGAAACCAAGGCGCUUCUCUAUCUCCUGCCGUUCAACCUCAGUGUCCUAUCGAUCUGGACAAACUACUACCUCGGAUGCACAACGGAUCCCGGGAAGGUCCCAAAGGAAUACGACCCACUGCCGGCUGCGGACGUCUCUGUCGCCGGCCCAGAGAAGCGUGCCGGCAAGUCGAGGAUGCGAAGACCGAGGCGAUGCUACACUUGCAAGGUCUACAAGCCCCCGCGCAGUCACCACUGUAGCUACUGCGAGCGCUGCGUCCUGAAGAUGGAUCAUCACUGUCCAUGGCUCAACAACUGUAUCGGCUACUACAACUAUGGCUACUUUGUGCGCUUUGUGUUGUCCGUCAGUUUUGCGAGCUCUUACUGCGUCUUCUUGACGGGCAUGCGGAUGUGGGAGCUUCUAGAAUAUCAGAAGCGCCAGCAACUCGACCCCUGGAACUCGAUCCAGUAUUACACGCCGCGCCUCCGAGACACCGAGGUGAUCUUUAUGAUCCUCGACAUGAUCAUCCUCUUCAUUUUGCUCUUUACCGUCGGCAUUCUGUCGAUCUUCCAGACGUCGUAUUUGCUCCAGAACGUCACGACCAUCGAGAGCUUUGAAAACGCCAAGAUCGAGGAGCUGAAGCGCAAGCAGGUCAUCCCGCAGGAUCGCAUCUUUCCUUACGACCUGGGCUGGUUCCGCAAUCUCAAGGCUGUCCUUGGUCCGCGCUGGUAUCUCUGGAUGUUGCCCUUGCCCGCGAUCGGAACCGGCCUCGAGUUCCCCAUCAAUCCAUUCAUCAAGGACCAGAUCAAGGCCGGGGAGUGGCCGCCCAAAGAAUACUACAUUUAUAAGAAGGAUCCGGGGCGCUUUUCGCAAACAGAGCUGCAGAAGCAGCGAGCCGACAAGCGACGCAACUACGGCGUCCACGUUCGCCGUGGCAGCGAGGGAUACAUCGUCCGCCCGGUUUCGGCCGAGGAGCGAGAGCGACAGAUUCAGUUCUACCUCAAAUCCAAGUCCGGCGACCAGCCCGAUAUCGACGGGCACGAGAACCCCAAGCCCCGACAUGGCCACGACCACAGCCACGACGAUCACCACGACCACGAGUAUGACGAGCACAACGGGCACAACGAACAUGAAGAAUACGACGAUUGUGAAGCCGGAAGCCUCUCCGAGGAUGAAUACAUCCCCACCGACGACGACGACGUCGGUUCAGAGUACAGCUAUUACGAGCACAGUGAAUACGAUGAGUUUUCGGAAGGAGAAACGCCCCUGCGUCUAUCAAAGUCCGCAUCUGCCGACACAGAGGUCCAAGACGACGACUCGAGCGACAACGAAGUUCUUGGUGUCCGACUACGGAAAUACCAGGACGAGCGAGCGGCAGACAGCAUAGAUGAAUAGCACGCCAAGAUCAUCUCCUUGACUCUGCCGGCACUGCUUGUCCGCAGUACUGAUUUGAGCAAAGUGCGAUUAUAACAAAAUACUCGAUACAACAGCC